CCAAGUGUAAACACUUUUGUUUUGGUUUCAACUGAUAUUAAAAUGAGUUCUUCAAGAGUAUGCUUUUGAUUUUAAACUUAAGCGACACAACUUCUAAAUUGGCGAAACUAUAAAUAAAGAAAUAAAAAGCGUUUAGAUGUUUAAAUACUUAAAAUGGUUUUAUUAGAUAUUUUAUACAACUUACUAAUUAUAUGUGGUAUAGGUUUUGCGUUUUUUUCAACACUUUUAUAUUGCUUUGAACCAGUUUGUAGUGAUGAUGACUUUCAGAUGACUUCAAAAAUAGUUAAAGAAAAUUGCUUAAAGAUACGUGUUCCAAAAGUUUGUGAAGAUUGCUUUGCGGAGCGAAAUAUAACGGAUUGUCGAAUUUGUAAUAGUAUUCUAAUACCAGUUUCUUUGUUUGUUGGAGUGUUAAUGACUUUGGGUGUUUUAAUAUACGUUCUUGCUUUUGGAUUAAGCAUGCUAUAUUACUUGAAAAAAUUAAAAAAUGCUAAACUCUCAGGUUAUUUACUACAAUUAACAACUUUAUGCUUGGCUGCAGCAUUAAUUGAGCAUAACAGAUAUUGUUCAUUUUGUCGUCGGUUUUUUAUAAAUACUUCUUUUCAAGCUGAGCUCGGAUGGAUUUCUGUUGCAAUGUCAACUGUAUCUUCGAUUUUGCAGUUCUAUAAAACAAAAUCAGAAUAUGAGUCUUUAUAGUUUGUUUUACCGUAACAUCAGCCCUUUACUUAUUUGAAAAACUAAAAAAUCUGCGAUGGCAAGAUGACUUUUUUCUUUAUCGGCACAGUUACAAAGAGUUUCAAAAUAAACAUUCUGUCUAUCACAAAACGUCGCUUUUGUAUUUCAUAUAAGUUACUUUAGAUUAACAACAUUUUAAUUUUGUUAAACGAAAUUUAACCUUAGCCUGAGAAAAAAUUAUUUUGUUCAUUGUUACAAUAUAAUUCAUGUUUUACCUCAAAUUUAAUUAAAGUAUGGCUGAGAAAAACAUAUCUAAAUUUAUUAGUUUAAAUACAUGAAAAACCUGAUUUUUAAAAAACUUGAUAACUAUACCACUAAACAA